GUGUUAUCAUAUACAGUGUUAAAAUCAUUGUCAGAUAAGUUUGAUAAAGUGUAUUAUAUUUAUAAAAUAAUUCCGUUAUAAUAUAAAAUAUAGAUAUAAUAGAAUAGAUAGAAUAUAAAGAUGGAUAGUUGUGGUAUAAUCUGUGAUCGCUCAUCUUGUCUGUGAUUGAUCGUAGCAAUCAAGUAGUUCAUACCUCUAUAGACUGAAUUGGGGGUGGCGAAGCGCCGGGACAUUUGGUUCUGAGUCGGUAUACAGUUCGUUUUGUGCGUGGAGUCGCUCGUUUAGGCCGAGCACAUUGCGCUUGUCCUCCCUCUCAAAAUGACUGAUUUUGGUUUGCUGAUUGGAAGUGCGCUGCUUAGCCCCUAACUUCGCCCGUGUUUAAAAUGUAGUAGUUUUGUGGGAAAUCCCCAGUUUUGCUCUUCCUCUCCACACUACCAAGUGACCAUGUUUGGUGCCACGUGACCGUACUGUUCGAGUUAUAACCUACUAUCAAGUGCCCAGACAGUGUGACCACCCUGUGACAAUCUGUUCGUGAGGACAACAACUUUGCUAUUGUGCCAUGCUGUGUGGGAUAUAAGACUUCGAUACAAAUUAAAGGAAAGGUUAACGAACAAUGAUUGAAACAAUCGUGUUAUUUUGCGUCUUCCUCAUCCUGAUAUAUCUAUGGAAAUACAAGAGACCUGAAAACUUCCCACCAGGCCCCACUCCACUGCCGAUUAUCGGAAAUAUAAUGGAAUUACCAAAAGGACACCUUUAUCCAAAGGUUGAAGAGUGGGCGAAGAUGUAUGGCCAAAUUAUAGGUCUACGUGUUUUCAACGACCUAAUAGUUUUUGUAACGGGAGUUGAUAACGUACUUGCAGCCCUACGAAAAGAAGAGUUUCAGAGUCGACCGGACAUUUUUUCAAUAAAAGCAACGAGUUUUGGAAAAUCAUUGGGUAAAUUUUUUAGCAAUGGAGAGCAAUGGAAUAAAAGUCGCAAAUUUACUGUAAAACAAAUGCGGGCUUUAGGAAAAUCCGAAAAGGAAAAUUUAAUAGCAGACGAAAUUGAUCAACUUAUUGAAACUAUCAAAGAUGGAAUCAUGCAGGGCAAUGAUCUGUUUGGUCUAGCUGCUGUAAAUGUCAUCUGGAUGAUAAUAGCAAACAAGAGGCUUGCCUUCAACGAUGAGAGAUCCCGAAGAUUCUUGGACAACUUGGAUAAAAUUUUCCGCAUUGGAGAUCCCGGAGGGGGUGACAUAGUGGACGUAUUUCCUAUUUUUAGAUUCAUCAGUUCAAAAUUUAAAUUGACUAUGAAAGUAGUCAAUGAAAUUCAUAAUUAUAUUAAAGAAGCAAUACAGGAGCACAGGGAAAUCUUGGAUCCCAACAACCCACGGGAUCUGAUAGACAGUUAUCUCAUUGAGAUGGAUUGCAACAAAGGAAACCCUGAUACAUAUUUCACAGAGGAAAAUCUUAUUGUGAUUAUAACCGAUUUAUUUACGGCGGGGGCGGAAACCACGAGCAAUUCCAUAGAGUUUGUGUUGCUGUACAUGAUCUUGUAUCCUGAGGUCCAGGAGAAAAUGCAAGAGGAGAUAGACAGAGUUCUAGGAAGGGGAAGAAAACCUGUUUUGGAUGAUAAAGCAAACUUGCACUAUACAAUGGCAGUUCUGAAUGAGGUGGAGAGAAUCAACAGUGUUGUGCCCACCAAUGUCCCUCACUACUGUGUCAAGGAUACCACAUUCGGGGGCUACUUUAUUCCUAAGGGUUCUUUGAUAUCCAUGAACUUGCACUCCAUUGGAUAUGAUCCCAAAUACUGGAAAAAUCCAAAGACAUUCAAUCCGGAGAGAUUCCUGGAUUCACAAGGACAAUACACAAGACCUUCUAAUAUGCCUACAUUUGGCCUUGGCCAGAGAGUGUGUGUAGGUGAGAUGAUAGCAAGAAACAUUAUUUUCCUCUUCACCACAACUUUCUUCGAGAAGUUUUCCAUCAGUUUACCACCAGGGGAACCGAAACCGUCCACUGUGGCUCUCCCAGGGAUCACCUCUGCUCCACAGCCUUUCAAGAUCAGUGUUAAGAGCAGAUAUUAACAGAAAACUUGAAAAAUUGAAAACUGCUCAACAAUAUUAAGGCUUUGUAAACAUAAUAUAUAAAUACUUAUUCAGUAUAUUUUAAUGCUUGGUGACAUCAAACAAUAAAUAGAACAGAACAUUUAUACGAUUAUAAUAAAUAUUUCAAUAUCCCAAAUAUCAAUAAAUCUUAUUCAAGUUCAAAA